AUGUACCGGUCAAUCCCGCAGCAGAUCGUACGCAAAGGCGGCCACAUUUGCGCCGACGUCGAUGCUCAACUUCUUGACCCAUUCAUGAGGAAGGACGGGCUCCACUGCUUCGACGAGAAGAAGUGCAAGCUGAUCGACAUGAUUCGCUGGGAUGAGUUUGCUAUUUGCUACCCAUGCUGGGCGCAGCUUAUCGUCAUGAUCACCUGCGGUGUCGCCGGCAUGAUGGUCACAUCGGUAUGGAUGCCAACUUUGGUGGCUGCAUCCAUCCUCCAUGUGCUCCACCGUCCCCUCCGGCAGCUCGAGGCAUGUGGCAAUGAGAUGGAUGUGCAGCGUCUGAUCCAUGCCGACCUGCGAUUCGAGAAAAUCGCCGCCGCCACGCAGCAAGCCAAGCCCGCGCCGCCGCCAAGUCCA